ACUUAGCACACAGUCUGGUUUUUCCAACAACCAGUUCUCUACAAACACGCAGUGAUCCUUUAACCUCAAGAUAAUGACAAUCUUUCGUUAAAAAUACCACAGUUCGGCAAUACUUAGUGGUGUGAAUUAUGUACGUGAAUGUAAAUACCAUGUGGACGCAUUUAUUUUUAAUUCUUUUGAUAUCCCUCGCAAACGCGCAAAUUUCGCUGGGUCCGAGUAGAAAUCGCGACUCCGUGACCUUACCACCAGACAAUUUGGACGAUUCGAUCACCCAAAUUUUCAACAUUUGCCGCUGUGUCAUCUUUUACCAGUGCGAUGAAGACAAUUUUAUUAUUCCAGAAGACCAACUUCAAGCUACCCACGCUAGACUCCACACAAGUCUGCGAUAUACUCCCCGUUUAAAAUGUUCCAACGAGUUCUACUACUGUUGCAAGAACAAAAACGAAACCCAAAUAAAUUUCGAGUCGUCUACAUCACGACCUCGACCUUUAUCACAGGUGACACACACCCCGGUGGUACUUCCGCCGACCCGGCAACCAACUUCAUUUACCAACUCCAACUGUGGCCAAUCCGGGUACGCUGCGAGCAGUAGACUCAUAGAAAAGUUUCCUUGGGUGGUUGCAGUGUUUCGUAAACGAAGAGCUAAUGAUUAUAGAUUUAUAUGUGGGGGUUCUUUAAUUCACCCCAGGGUUGUGAUGACCGAACAACAGUGCGUUCAUUCAGAUACUGCAGACGAGUAUAGAGUGGUAGUUGGAAAAGAAGUUUUACUGGACAGUUUGAUCGUCCUACCACUCAAAGAAAUAAUUAAACAGGAGUUGUACCCGUCUGAAGGGGUUAACGAUAUUGCGUUGCUAGUUCUGAAAACUCCUGUUUCGAACGCAAGGAUUGUUUGUCUGCCAAAUCCUGAGCAAAAUUUCAGUGGUAGGAGAUGUACUGCGAUUGGUUGGAGUGGGACUACGGGCUCUGGUACUCGAAAAUUAAGGAAAGUUAAUUUGCCCAUCACUGACUCCCAAGAGUGCCAGAAUCUUCUCAGGAAUACCUCUUUAGGGCCGAAUUUCCAGGUACAUCCGUCGUAUAUUUGUGCCGGAGGUGAAGAUGGUGUAGAUACGUGCAAGAAUGAUGGUGGGAGUCCUUUAAUGUGUGAAGAAAAUGGCCGCUAUGUUCAAGCGGGAAUAGUGGCUUGGGGGUUGCGAUGUGGGCAGAAGGACGUGCCAAGUUUAUACACCAAUGUGGCGAAUUUGGUCACCUGGAUUCAGGAAAAACUGAGAGAUUUUUGAAAUUGUUAUAAAUUAAAGUUUACUUUUUUUAACUAA